CGGGGCAUCACUAAGGCCAUACGACUCGACAAGCUGAAAGACUGAAUUCACUGGAACAAUUCAUUUCCCAAGAGUACACUCCUUUGAUGUUGAAUCACUGAGCAACAACAAUAUCAUGGACACCUUUAUUUUCCAAGGUAACGCACGAGAUUUCGCAUCUGUUGCAUCAAUGGCUGGCCAGGGUAAAAUCAAUCAGCUCGGUGGUCUGUUCAUCAAUGGUAAACCUCUCCCAAAGCCUUUAAGAUUGAAAAUAAUCGAGUUAGCACGGUUAGGCGUCCGCCCUAGCGACAUCAGCCGCCAGCUUCGUGUUUCCCAUGGCUGUGUAAGUAAGAUACUUAAUAAGUUUCAAGAAACGGGGUCAGUUGAGCCAGGUGCAGCCCCAUCAUUCAAGAGAAAAGAACUCUCGCAGGUCAUUCUUGUAAAAAUCGAGGAAUACGUCCGAGCCCAGCCGGAUAUUUUCUCAUGGGAAGUGAGAGAUCGACUUAUAAGAGAAAAAGUUUGCUCCAAAUUAAGUGUUCCUUCGCUUGAAGCCGUGAGUAAGGUGAUCAAGACUUGCGCCUCCCAAAUAACCAGAAAAGCAGAGCCUUCCUCCAAAAAAAGUACCUCACAAGAAAAUGGAAAAGAGCGGAGCGAAGCAGAGGUUGAAAGAAAGAAAGCCUGCAGCUUCAACGGUCCAUUUUCAAUCUCGAACAUCCUGAACUUAUCCUCAUCAGAAGAGCAGGAUGAAAAACAACCUGAAAGCUUUACAAGCAGUGAUACUGAAAGUGAUAUACUCGAAGAAAAUGCCGAAAAGGGCUCCAAAGCUGAACAAAGAGCAGAAAUAAGUCUUCCUUCUCACAAACCAAGGCGAAGCAGAACGCGGUUUACGAUCCCCCAAACUGAAGAACUGGAAAAAGCUUUUCAUAAAACUCACUACCCUGAUAUAUACGCUCGAGAAGAGCUCGCUCAGAGGCUGGGAUUGAGUGAGGCUCGUGUACAGGUAUGGUUUUCAAAUCGACGUGCUCGACUUCGUAAAGAGAGACUUCUUCCUUGCASCGAGGAAUUCCUUUAUUCUCCYAUGGCMCACUAUCCGUACGCCUUGCUGUUACAAGCCUCGCAUCCGCUGACCAGUUCACUCGCACACGAGUGCGUUCCCUUCUACUGAGACUGAUCAGAAUAGUCCACAAUUCAAGUUUCAUUUAAUUAAUUCUGCCUUGUUUAUUUUUUUACUAAUUCUU